AGUCGUUUCAACUAUUCUACACAACCCGCCCAAAUUCUCAUUUACAGACGAUUUGAUUGACGUGAAUUACAUUUACGCAAGUUACGCUGCAUGAGGAGGCAGUCUAAUACCUUUUGUCUAAGCUCAUGGUCAAAAGAUAUACAAUCAAAUUUAUUUAUCGUGACAGUCGACAGAAAAACGCGAUUCUCCAUUCAUUCACAUGAAUGAAUUUCAUGAAACAGCUGAUGACACCUCCUUCACCUUGUGUACCAGAUAGUAAUCGCUUUCAGGAAAAAGAAAUGUACAACAAGAUCGUAUAACAACAUUAUUUAAUAGUCAACAGUGCUUAAUUCGAUUGACACCUCAAUAGUCUGUGAGGUGUGAUCUGUUAAUUAUAUAAACGACUUCUACUGAAAAUGUCUUUCAAAAAGGAUUUGAGGUUACUCGUGAAACCAUAUUACUUAAUAAAUAUUCUCCUCAGCAUCUCCUACAUUCUCUCAAAGCGCUUUCCUGUAAUCUGUAAUUACAUAUUUGUUCAAGACGACUGCGAGCUCGAUGGAAGGGAGACAGAGAUUCUCUUUUUUCUUAUGAUUGUCAUCAUGAUGAGGACGAGGAAAACUGGCAGUGUGACGAUGAUAAAUUACUUGACGUCUAGUUUUGUGUACACAAAAGUGGCAAAUCUGAUUCUCUGGUUUUAUGCAGAUGUACGAAUGGGCAUUCUAUUUGCGUUUAUUUUUAUAUUAUGUGCGUUAAUAUUGCCGGAGCCAACAUAUCAAGGGCCUGAAAAUGUGAUCUAUUUGCAUGGAGCCGAUGGACUGCAGGAAGAAUUGCAACGUGACACGAGAGUAGUUUGGCUGGUAGCGUUCUAUACUGCAUGGAAUCCAGCCUGCGUAACUUUCGCACCGAUAUUCUCUGAGCUCUCUGUGGAAUACACAUUGGAGAAUUUCAAAUUUGGUAAAGUGGAUAUCGGAAGAUAUCCAGAUGCAGCUAAAAGGCAUCGUAUCAGCGAUGCCAGUACAAGUAAGCAGUUACCAACGUUAAUACUUUUCAAAAGUGGAAGGGAAAUAGAGCGACGUCCAUACAUGGAUCAUAAAGGAAAAUUUGUCAAGUUUCUCUUCUCAUUGGAUAAUGUUAAGGCUGCAUUGGAUCUCAAUAAUAUUUAUAACGAUUGCAAAAAGAAUCUUAUCAAGAGGAAAGAGAAGAAAUCGUUGAAAACAGAAUAAUAAAAUAAAAUUUAGACAUUUAAUGAGAAAAUGCAGUUCGCACAGCUAAGCAAGACGAACUUUUACUGUGUAGAAAAGCUAGCUAACGCGUAUCUUGAAUCCUGAUUAAAACUAUAAGGAUUUGUGUAAAUAUUUUAUUGUGUAUUAUGAUCUACAGUGUUUUCAUCUGACUUCAAGCAGUUAUUUGUAUAUAAUAUUUCAUUAUUACAGUGAUAUCAUGUA